CUCUUCUGUAUUCGGUCCAGCAGCAAGCUAAAAGGUGGAUUCCCGCUGCUCCGCCGGCUUUUAAACGGGAUCUGCUUUUUGUUUUCCUUCUAUAGCUGCCUCAAGAACCGUUUAGACCGUCCGUGCCCGGCAGCCAAAAGGCAGAGCGAGCUGGAAAGCCGCCGGGCCCCUGAGAACCGGGUGGAAGGGGAAAAAAAACCCCGCAAUCAAAAUGUAAGAAACCAACAUGACACACAGGGGAGAUCGGCGAGAAGAACGAUGCUGCGGGGCUGAAAAAGAGCGAGCAAGGAUGCGUCCUGUCCAAAAGUCCAUGUGUGCACUGAUAGUGCUGACAGCAACUCUGGCUUUCCUGUACUUUCACGUGUGGUUGCCAAAACCUUACAACGUGGUGGAUCUGCGACAUCGGCCUGAUCAGCUUCCCAAGCGCUUGUUGCUGGAUCACCUGCUGGUGCCUGACAAGAAAUAUGAGCACAUUGCUUUCCAGAUCAAAGAGGAAAUUCUGGAGCUUCUUCCUAAAAAUUCCUGUAAAUGUGAGGUACAAGCAAGUUUGAAACUGCCCUUUCAGAAACAGCUUUUUGAUCAGGAAUACUCUAUAGAAUUUUCCAAUGCCUUCAAGCCUUCUGACCUGGCAGACGUCAACAACAAACGAGAACAGGAAUACCGCAAUCAUCAGCAAAAGUCUCAGUCUCCACUUGACCAGCUGAUCAUUGUCCAAGCCAACUCACCACUAGAAUAUCCAGUUCAAGGUGUAGAAGUUCGCCCCCUCCAGACCAUUCUUAUUCCAGGCUUGAGCUUGCAAGCAGCUGAAAGAACAUUAUACCGGGUCAACUUGACAGCAACAAUGGGUACUUUUGAUGUGGCUGCGGAGGUAGAAGGUGUCAAAGUGGAAAGGGAAGGACAGAUGCACUUCUCCCUAUCCGGAUCCCAGCUGGACAAUCUAAAUCGGCAAAUGCAGUUUGUCACCUAUACCAACACCCUCUUCCAUCCUAAUACAGCAGAUAUAGUGCAGUUUUCUACUGAUGAGCAUCGUGCAUCUUUCAGCAUUCGCAUCAGACAUCCACCUACUCCCAAGCUCUACAAUCCAGGAUCAUCCAGGGGAGGAACUAGUGAAGGAACCUACAACAUCAGCGCCCUGGUCACCAUAGCUACCAAAACCUUCUUACGCUAUGAUAAACUACGAGUGUUGAUUGACAGCAUCCGCAAGUUCUACCCCACUGUGACCAUCAUCAUUGCGGACGAUAGCCAGGAUAUCGAACAUGUGCAGGGACCUCACAUUGAGCAGUACUUCAUGCCCUUUGGCAAGGGCUGGUUUGCUGGUAGGAAUCUGGCCAUCUCCCAGGUGACCACCAAAUAUGUUCUGUGGGUGGAUGACGACUUCAUUUUCACACCCCGCACCAAAGUGGAAAAGCUUGUAGAUGUCCUUGAGAAAACUUCACUAGAUUUGGUGGGUGGAGCCGUACGGGAGAUUAUUGGCUACACCACCACGUACCGCCAACAGAUCAGCGUGCAGCCUGGUAAUGAGAAGGGAGAUUGCCUGCGAAUCCGCCAGGGCUAUCACCACGUCAUUGAAGGUUUCCCCGAUUGUGUAGUCACUGAUGGUGUAAUCAAUUUCUUCUUGGCACGCACGGAGAAGGUGCUGCAAGUUGGCUUUGACCCACGCCUCAACCGUGUUGCCCACCUUGAGUUCUUCAUUGAUGGCCUGGGUAUUCUGCAUGUCGGUUCCUGCUCCAAUGUGGUGAUAGACCAUGCCUCUAAGAUCAAGAUACCGUGGCUAAAAUCGGUAAAUGAGAAACAAUAUUCCAAGUUCCGCUAUCCCAACUCAACGGAUGAGUCGAUGAACACCAAACUAAGCCUUUUCUACUUCAAGAACCAUUUUAAAUGUAUGAUGGCCAAUUAAUCUUUGGUGAGAGGGUGAUGAAUCCCACCCUUGACAACUGACUUAAGUUCUCAGGUGACUGGAGUAGUUGCCAGAGCAGGCUGCCACAGAUCUUGGCAAGCAAGCUUGCCCUGUCCAACAGUCAAACGCCCAGAACUCAGGGAGGCUGCUACAUUCUCAAUUCGAGCAAUUUGAGAAAUGAACUUCAUGCUGCUUAAAAAAAAAAAACUACAACUGUGUUGUAACAGAAUUAAUAGAACAAGACAUCUUCCAGACCUUGUUGAUGAAAGGAGGGUGUCAGCUGCUUCUCAUUUUGUCAUACUUUGCAUCUGAGCUGAGCCAUAUUCCACGGGGAGUGAUUCUGGAAGAGGCUGCCCCAUGAAGUCUGUGUCUUUACCCUUCUCCUGGCUGAGAGCAGCUGAACUCCCCUUCUAACUUUGGACUUGCUCAUACCUAUAGGUCACAUCAAAAACUUGCAAAAUCUGGCAAUAUCCCAGCAUCCUUUACCUCCCUUUAAUUUAAAUUACAGAAGGGGACAGGAUCGGAGGUGAAUAAACCUGAGCUCGGAGGGCUUUCUCCAGCAUCACAGUUUUUGUGCCCAGGUUUUAAAGUUGAGCCCCAGCUCCCUCGUUCCGGAAUAUCUUGAAGUGCCAAAUAUUAAUGAUGGAAAGCCACCACCAGGGGGAAGCCUUGACAUGUGCGUUGCAACAGAGCAGCCUUGAAAGGCCACAGAACUACCAGGUGCAGUCCAGAUUUGAGGCACUCCCAAGCUUAUGGCAAAAAUGGCCAGAUGUGCAUGGACAUUGGAGGGGGAGGGAGCAGCUUAUUUUCUAUGGGGAUUCUUUAUAUAUACAGUGAAGUAGAAAGACUGACCAUGGCAAGUUGUCAAUUUCUUUUUUUCUUUUUUAACUUUAGACAGGAUCAAUUUCCAAAGCUGCUUCUCAUUCCUUAAACUUCUCCAUCCCAGAUCUCCAGCUUUUUAACCAUGGAACCUUCUGCACUACUGCUUUUCCUAAAACAGCUAUUUAUUAGGGAGUUUUUUUAGAAAACAACAACAACACAAAUCAGGGCUGGGUAAAGGUCUUACAUAAUAGUUCAGUUGCAUGGGAGUUGGCUUAUACCAUACGUAAUCCAAGAGGCUGUAACUACUCAGGCACCAUUCUUCUUUCUGCCUGUGUGUGCCCUUCUUCCUGGCAGCUGGGCUGUGGAUUUCACUGAGAUAAAAUUAGCCAAGUACCAGCCCAAGAGGUUACCGUACGGGUGCAUUUUUAGCACAGGGUGACAAAAAUCAGAGAGGUAGAUUUCAAAAUCUCUGUAGCACGAAUGGUAUAGGACUUUGUACAGAUCGAUUCACAAAGUUGUUUCGUGCUGCAAAAGGAUAAACUCUUCUUUCCUCUGACUUGCUAGAUGAAAAACAUAAAAAUAUUUGUGUAGGAUACAGUUGUUGGACAUAAGAUAUGGAUUGGGUAUAGCUUAGAAGCCAUAAGUACAGCAGCAAUCAUAUUCAUGCUCAUAUGGCAAUAAGCUGUCCUAAGCACGAUAAGAUUUUAAGUAUUAUUUUAAUUAAAUCCUACUCACACCACCAGAACAAUACAGUAAUAAAUUAAAUAUACUUAAAUGCUUUAAAAAAAUGACACUGCAUUUUUACACACACACCCCUUCCAAAGUAAGUAGGAAAGAAAUUCCAUGUGAUAAUGAAAUGGUUGCUCCCCUCCUGAAAUGCUAAAUUUUGAUAAAAGUUCAAAAGCUUGUU